CUUGAAUCCCUUGGCCAUUAUCUAUUUGUUAAGUACCGUCAAUGGUGAAGAUUUAGGGGUGUGCAGUUGCAAUUCCUACGCCAGUACGAGACUGUCAGCCACAGUCGGUGGCUCUUUGUUAUCGAUAAGCACCGCAAACCCCUCGACGGUCCGUCGCAUACAAUGUCAACAUUUUGAUAUUUGGAACCAAUCGGAGAUUGGGCUGCGCAACAAGCUCGUUAAGACAUAAAGGGAAUUAUAUAUUUGAGCUACGCUUUCAUAUAUCCGUGUGGGUACAAAAUGGACGUGUUCCUGACUAGGCUCACCCAUCAGGCUAUGAACUAUGCCAUUCGCUCUGGAAUCGCUAUUACGGCCAAAUACGCUAUUCGCCAGUCGUCACGGCUGCUUAAAAAUGUUGAAAAUGCCGAAGAACGCGAGGAGCUGCUUACACUACAACAUCGGUUGGAAAGCAAGAUCCAGGUCAUCUCACCCGCUAUUGAUAUGAUCGAGCUGAUUGCUGCACGAGGCAACACGUCUCUCGAGUCCGCAGUUUCUCUCACAAAAUCGCUCCGGUGGGAUAUUCAAGCUCUGGGUCAGCGAUUAGCGAAUGCUGCUGCAUCCGAAGAAAUAAUUCGAAAAGGUGGCCAAUCAUCGAGGAGUUGUUCUCAGAAUGAUGCAGUGAUCAAGUCUAUCAUAAACGACGUCAGGAGGCUUCUGGUGCGGAUUGAAGAUGCGGUGCCGCUUAUGAACCUUGCCAUUACUACCUCCGGCGCCAAGUUAUCAACCAAUCUUCCGGCGACGAUAUCACCAUCCCGAUUACUCCAGGCUAGCACAUUUCUCACUGCUGGAGACACACAGUACUCAAUGUUUCCGUCACAAGCAGUCCAAAUAGGUCCUACUUUUACAUUAUCCAUGUACAUGCUUUUCGCAAGUCACCUCCGCCCCCUCGAUGAAGAAGGUAUCCGUGAAGCGACUUGGAAGGAGGUCAUGCAUAAAGCGCGUUUGAAACUUCGACGGGUGCCCAUGGACCUAGCGGUUAAUCUGGAAACUCAGCUACCGCGCACGCAAAUCGCCACCGAAGCAAGAGUAGGCGAAUACGCUUAUCAGCUCCUUAUUACAGAGGACCUAGAUGAUGGCAGGGUCCACACAUUUGACGAAGGUGAAGCUCAACCUCAGAGCUUCGAAGGUGUCAGUUCUGCUGGCAUACGCGAGAUACUACCAAUACAUCAAAUUUCCAAGAUCUUCUAUGCCGACACCGGCAAAAUUUUGAAUAUCAGCACUGAUGGUGAGGUUAACAAUCCGGUUUUACUUCUGAAGCGAGAUGUCAACGCCAUACCUCCACGGCGUAUGAUUGAAAAGGAGGAAACAUUCAACUAUGCGGAUGAGGACACCGAUCAAGAUGCUGAGGAAGUUGAUGAAGUUCAGGCACAGCUGGAUGCCCAAUUAAAUGGGGCGAGCGUUCCAUCCACUUAUCCCAACUUCCAUGAAAGCUCAAUACCCGAGGAAUGGCGCCUACCUAAAGACCUGGACCCUGAAUGGAUCGCAUUUGAGGUUUACAAUGAAGACGACGAAUCAGACUCAGAAUCAGAUGACGACAACAUCCGAUCCCCAGCUACGGGGGAGUCCAUCGAUCCAGAGCUGAUGGCGAAACUUUCGCUCAAUCCAGAUCGUGAAUCGACAAAUCCAACGCCAUCUGGGCAAGGAGUCCCGCAGCCCUCAGCUUCAGCCCAACAUGUAGCCACAACCACAGUCUCAAACCCCCAUUUCAAUAACAUUCGUACCUCUCUCUCUCUCCUGGAAACUCUUCUCCGUCUGAUGUCAUUACAACAAUUCCAACAGCAAUCUCAUCUAUCUAUUAGUGACGAGCUGCUGAAUUUCUUCUUGGAAGAGUCUUCAGCCACUGGCGCGGGUGGGGAUGAACAACAUCGCCAGCGUCUUCGCGCUGAUGCCCGCCGUAGGGUCGGAUGGGAUCCCUACGACGAAAGUCCUAUGAAGCGUCGAGGCGAGGACUACCAGUAUGGCUGGGCUCCUGAAGGCACCCCUUCAGCAUAUCCGCGCGAAGGCAGCGAGCACUAUCCAUAUUCGCCUAGCGAUAGGUUCCGCGGCUUUCAGCUUCGCUCUCGGGAAAAUACACCGGAAACUUCUCCACGGUCUCGUAAUACUCCUAGACAAUCAGGCAUGGGACAGCAUAGUGCCCUACGCAGCACGUCAGCAUAUACGGAUAAAGGCUCGAGAAAAGGCUCUCAGCUUCCUAAUACAUCUGCAUCCGGCGAUGAUUCGGAACGUUCUGAUCCUGAUGCUUGAACUAAUUUAUAUGUAAAGGAACUGUGAAUAUUACGGCGUGGAACACGC